AUGAGUGAUUCAAUAACUGAGUCAAAUUCUUUUGAAAGAAAUGCAAAAGCUGUAGUUUUAGGUGAAUAAUAUUAUCUUGUUCGUUUAAUUUAUAAAGGCAGAAGUCAUAACCUUUAUUUAGGUAAUAAGAUAAAUGUAAUAGUAAGUGUAGCUUUAGAUAAGUUUGAUCCGAAUACUUACUAUUUAGUAGAAAUGAAAAGGUAUAAAGAAUCAAUAUUUUCUAUAGUUAAGAAUAACACAAUUCCUUUGUUUGUGAUGAAAGGAUUGUAAAAAAAUUACAUGAUUGUAAAAUUCAUAUAAAUAGUUUAUUUUAGUAUAAUUCAUUCCAAAGACAAUAAAAUCAGGGAUAUAUAUAUAUAAAAAUAUGGAAUAUCGUUAUAAUAUUAAGGAAAGAUGUGGACCUUCUCUUAAAUUGUGUUUUUAACAUUAAAAUCGAAAGUUUUCUGAUUAAGUAUUUGCUACCCUAGCAAUUGAAGCAGUAAUAAUGAGAGUUAAUUUUUUAGAUAAGUGCAUUAGAGAAAAUGCAUUCAGCAUCAAUAGUUCAUUGUUAUUUAAAACCUAAGAAAUUUGUCACACUUCAUAGAGGAGUUCAAUUACUUUUAACUGACCUAAAAUUUGCAUAAAAAUACAAAUUAAGGUAAUUAUUAAACUAAAACACUAAAAAUAAAUUUCAAUAUGCAUUAGCAUUAAACAAAUAUUCAAGUUUAAAUUUGCAUUUAGGAAUAAGUAUAGCAAUAAUUUAAAUAAAGGACCUUGUCCUAGAGAUGAUUUAGAAUCUUUAGCAUAUAUACUGAUAAAUUUUUAUAUAGGAGGACGACUUUUUAAGACAAAGUAAAAGAAAACAAAAAGUGAUAAAAUAAAGGAAGUUGAAUUAUAAAAAAUGAAUCUGAUAAUAGAGAAAGCAUUUCCAUCUCUACCUAAAGAAAUAAUUUAAUUUUAUUAUCAUGUAAAAUUAUCAAACAUUGAUUAAUACAAAGUAAUCAAUUAUGAUGAAUUUAAAACAUAUUUUUAUAAAAUGAUGUAGAAAAACAACAAUACAAUAAAUUUAAAAUAGUAUCCUUGGGUAAUUGUAUUUCAAUAUCAAUACUAAGAAUCAAGAGCUAAUAGAUCCAUAUAAAUAAUAGAGUUCUGCUAUUAGUUUAUCUUCUGUAGUAGAGGAUGACGAAAAUGAAUCUGAUGAUUCAUUAAUUGAAGAAUAAUCAAUUUUGAGUGUAAUUGAGUAGUUGAAGUAAAAUUCAAAAACUAAAAAACUACUUUCUGAAUUAGAUAAUUGA